CUUCUAACACAUUGGAGGAAUUCACGUCAGCAGGAGCUCUCCUGAUACUUCGAUGGUAGCUGUGAUUAUAAGCAUACACCAAAUCAGAAACACAGGAUCCCAUGGCCUUAGAAAUGGCAGCAUACAGAGACGAUUCUCCGCCCAUGAGCAAGGAAGACUUCGGGAUUAUUACUACCACUCAAGAAGGAAUCCUGAAUACCCUGCAAAUCAUGAGCAAUGAAAUUGCUAACCAUACAGAUAUCAUUCUGAAGAAAAUUAAAGACCUGCAACCUCCGCAACCUGACAAAGAUAAAGAGGAAUAUAAAAAGAAAAAAGAAACUACUGCCAAGGACGAAGAAAAAAAACCAAAAUAUGUCUGCUAUACCUGCGGAGAACCGGGACACUGUUCUCCUAACUGCCCUCAAAAAGCCCCAAAACAGGAAAACAAAAAACCGGCCAUCAAAAGUAAUGAAUGCUUCAAUUGCGGGGAAGAAGGACACUGGGCCAAUAAGUGUCCCAACAAACUAAAAAGAGGUUAUUGCUACACAUGUCACGAAGAAGGACAUUUUACCAAAGACUGUCCUCAUUACGACUCUGGCUCGGAAGAAAAACAAAAAGCCCAAAGAAUUAAAAAUAGUGCCUGCUAUACCUGCGGAGAUACUGGCCAUUGGACUAAAGACUGUCCAAAAUUGGGAGAACUGAUCCAAUAUUCAGAUAUAGAAGAGGAUGAACCUCCAAAAAAGGUAAUAAAAAUCACUAAAGAAAGAAAAAGAGGGGCAAGGAAACCGAAAAAAGAAGAUUGGGACAAAGAAUUGAAAAAACAGCAGAAAAUACCGGGCAGAAUGAAAAGAAUUAAUAACGAAAACGUCUUUGUUGAGGAACCUGAUCUGGAUUAAAAACCCCAGGACUCAUUGAAAAAAAAGGAACUAUUUUCACUGUAAAUACGUUCGGACUUUAACUGGUUUUUCAUUCAUUAAUUUCUUAUUUUUGUUCGUUCCAUUUUUUGUUUAUUCAAUAAAAUUAUAAAAAAUGUC